GGUGGAGGGGGCGGGGCCUGAUCCGAGAAGUGCCGGUUGGAGCCGGUGCCUCGCGCCGCGCUGCGGUUUGCCUCGCGGACGGGGCGCGCGCGCGGGCGGCGCUGCUGCUGCUGCUGCACGGCGCGGCGCGCGGGUCACGGCACGGCCCAGCCCAGCGAGCGGGCGGGAGGCGGCGCGGCCAGAACAUCUUCCAGUGCUUUUUCAUAUAAUAAUGGAUUUGGGGUGCUUCUUUAGGAAUUGCUGGGAAGAUUCCUGACAGCAGAGCUUCCGGGUGUCUGGGUUUUGAGUUGAGAAGGACAUCUCAUAUUGUCAGAAUAACAGAAUGAGGCUUAAGCGACUGGCUGAAAACUUCAUGGAUGUGUUUCGCUGGGGGAAAAAUGCAAGAUAGGAGAGUCACUGGGAUGCUUGUCAAGGAGUGUACAGUAACCACCUGGCCUCCUUCAGUGGCUGUAGGCUGAGCGGGCCUGAAUGAAGACAAAUGCAAAGAUGGCAUGUCCAAGGAAUUUUAAAAGGUGUAGACCUCCUGACUGAAGUGUGCUGUGUAUUUUAUUCUCUUUAAUUAGUAAACUGCUGUUCUCUCACAGGUGAAAGUCAUGAUCACGCUAACAGAACUCAAGUACUUAGCAGAUGCCCAGUCAUCCUACCACAUACUGAAACCAUGGUGGGAUGUCUUCUGGUAUUACCUCACCAUGAUAAUGCUGCUAGUUGCUGUGCUUGCUGGGGCUCUCCAGCUUACUCAAACCAGAGUGUUGUGUUGUCUUCCUUGCAAGCUAGAAUUUGACAAUCACUGUGCCGUGCCUUGGGAUUUAGUUAAAACAAACCUUAACAUGUCCUCUAGCUCCACAGCACAAAUAAUCAUCCCACUUAAAAUCCAGAAUGAUCUUCAUCGGCAGCAGUAUUCCUAUAUUGAUGCAGUAUGUUAUGAGAGAGAGCUUCACUGGUUUGCCAAGUUUUUUCCAUACCUAGUGCUUCUGCAUACCUUUAUUUUUGCAGCUUGCAGUAAUUUCUGGCUUUACUAUCCUAGUACAAGUUCCAGGCUUGAGCAUUUUGUAGCCAUUCUUCAGAAGUGUUUUGAUUCUCCAUGGACAACACGUGCCCUCUCAGAAACAGUUGCUGAGCAAUCUGUGAGGAGCUUGCCAAUAGCCAAAUCGAAAGCAGUGGUUUCAUCACCUGGGAACUCAGUAGAUGUAGGUGCGAGCAGACAGUCCCUGCCAUAUACGCAACCUGGCUUGGAAGCAACUGGAAGAGAAAAUUCCUCGAGUGUUCUUGACAAAAAAGAAGGGGAACAAGCUAAAGCUAUUUUUGAAAAAGUGAAGAAAUUCAGAGUACAUGUUGAAGAGAAGGAUGUCAUAUAUACAGUGUAUAUGAAGCAGAUUAUAGUCAAAGUUAUUGUAUUUGUAAUAAUAAUAAUUUAUGUCCCCUAUUAUUUAUCCUUUAUUACACUUGAAAUUGAUUGUAUAGUUGAUGUUCAAGCCUUUACAGGCUACAAAAGGUACCAGUGUGUUUAUUCACUAGCAGAAAUUUUUAAAGUUUUGGCUUCGUUUUAUGUUGUUUUAGUUAUCUUCUAUGGCUUAACUUGUACUUACAGUUUGUGGUGGAUGUUAAGAAGUUCACUUAAGCAAUAUUCUUUUGAGAAGUUGAGAGAGAAAAGUAAUUACAGUGAUAUACCUGAUGUAAGGAAUGACUUCGCAUUUAUCCUCCACUUGGCUGAUCAAUACGAUCCUCUUUAUUCACAACGAUUCUCGAUAUUCCUGUCUGAUUUGAGUGAGAACAAACUGAAACAGAUAAAUCUUAACAACCAAUGGUCAGUGGAAAAACUGAAAAACAAACUAAUAAGAAAUUCCCAGGACAAGAUUGAACUUCACCUUUUCAUGUUAAAUGGUCUUCCGGACAGUGUCUUUGAACUGACAGAAGUAGAAGUCCUAAGCUUGGAACUUAUUCCUGAAGCCAAGCUUCCUCCAGCUGUGUCCCAGCUAGUCAAUCUCAAAGAACUCAAUGUUUAUCAUUCAUCACUAACUGUGGAUUAUCCAGCAAUGAGCUUUUUAGAAGAAAAUCUGAAAACAUUGCGUCUAAAAUCUAGUGAGAUGGGGAGGAUUCCACCUUGGAUCUUUCAUCUAAAAAACCUGAAGGAAUUGUGCUUAACAGGGUAUUUCAUGCUAGAUCAUCACAACUCCAUAUACAAUGAAAGCUUUCAGGGGCUAAAAAACCUGAGAUCCAUUCACUUAAAAAACAACCUUUCCCGUAUACCUCAGGUGGUUACAGACCUUCUGCCUUCUUUACAACACUUGUCUAUCAACAAUGAGGGAAAUAAACUGAUAGUGCUAAAUAACUUGAAGAAGUUGGUAAACUUGAGAACCUUGGAAUUAGUCUGCUGUGAUUUAGAGCGCAUUCCCCAUUCUAUUUUUACCCUAAACAACUUGCAUGAAAUUGACUUAAAAGAGAAUAAUCUCAGAACAGUGGAGGAAAUAAUUAGUUUUCAACAUCUUAAGAACCUUUCUUGCCUAAAACUGUGGCACAACAGCAUUUCAUAUGUCCCAGUGCAGAUUGGUGCACUAUCAAACCUGGAACAACUGUAUCUAAAUUAUAAUAAUAUUAAAAAUGUUCCAUUGCAGCUAUUUCUUUGUAAAAAGUUGCACUAUUUGGAUCUUAGCUAUAAUAAGCUAACUUCCAUCCCUGAAGAAAUCGGUUAUCUGACCAAUCUGCAGUACUUGGCUUUGACAAAAAACCAUAUUGAAAUGCUGCCUGAUGGAUUAUUUCAGUGCAGAAAGCUGCAAUUUCUGCUUCUGGGAAAUAACAGUCUGAUGAAUUUGUCCCCUUGCGUGGGUCAGCUACUGAAUCUUGUUCAAUUAGAGCUCAUUGGAAACUAUCUUGAAUCGCUUCCUGCUGAACUGGAAGAAUGUCAGUUUCUAAAGCGGAAUAGUCUCAUUGUAGAAGAAAGGUUGUUAAAAACACUUCCACCUCGUGUAAGAGAACGUUUACAAGCAUGCUCGGAUAAGUGCUAAGCUUGAAAUGAAACUGGCAGUGCAUCCUUUAAGCCUUUUACUUAAUAGCUCUCUAAAGAUCUGUACAGGUGGAGAGAAGGAGAGAACGCAGUUUACAGAUCAGUCCUAAACUUAAAUGCAUUCGGCUGAGUAGAUUGUAUUGGACAAGAAAAAAGUAUUUAGUCUUUUUUUUUUUUUUUUUUUUUUCCUUUUGCCUUUGGCAGGUAAUCGUAUGUUUCAAUACGCAGAUAUGAAUUAUUGGUCAGGUUCUCCUGAUUGAAAUAACGCAGUCAAUAAAUGUUUACGAUAGUAUUGUAAUGGAAGAGUUGAUUGCCUGGCUACAGUGAGUGUGUAUAUACUUUCUUUUCUUUUUUUUUCUUUUUUCUUUUCUUUUUUUUUGUUUUUUGUGUUUUUUUUUUUUUUUUGUUUUGCACCUAUGGGAACUUUUUUCUGUUGAUGGUGAUCAUUUUAAAUAGUUUAAUUUCCUACCAUAAGAGGACCAAGAACUAUCUGGGAUUAGUUUCUAAAUAUGAACUCUCCACUAACUUAGAAUAUGUUAAAUUAAGAGUUUAAACUAUUUGAGCAGCUCAAUUGCAUGGGGUAUAAUGAAAAUCAUUUUUCAAAAUAAUUUAAUUUUUUAAAGCUUUUUGACAAGUGUUGAGCAUUAACUCUGUAACGGUGGAAGAGGUCCUCUGAAUCUUGCUAUUAAAACCACUUAGAUAAUACCUGAAACCAGCUUCAGUAUUUUGUCUUCGAAAUAGUGAAAACAAAGUGAAAUGUUUGCCUAGAAACUGGAUUGUAGAUCUGAAGAAUCUGGAAUAAGCGUUGUGCACAUGUACUGGACAACAAAUAAUUUUAUAGUAUUGAUCCUUAUGGAGAAUGAUGGCAAAUAGAACAUGGCAUAGUAAUAAAGUUGUCUUCUGUGUGUCGUGGGGAUAUCAGGUGUUAGUGUAGUGUAUGUUGCUAUUUAACACUUUUAUAACCUCUCAUUUUCUGACUGUCUCAAUGCUUUUUCUCCACCCCCAACUGCUGUAAUUUGGUGACUGGGGAGAGAAGAUGAAGGAGAUUUAUAUUAGGUACGUGAAUAGGGACUGAAAGGUGCAGUUAAACCAAUCCAAAUAUUCACACAACUUACGAGUAUGUGGGUGGGAAAAAUGGAAGAACACUAUAAGCAUUGUUUCUUCUAGAGAUAGUUUAUUUCCAUAAGUUAUAAUGGUGAACUGAGCUCUAGUAAUACCAUCCUUAAUAUUUGCAAAACUGGAUGGAAAUAAAAUGGUUCCUGAUUUUGCUCA